CUGUGGGUUCCUGCUUCUUGCUGCUCUUUUUACACUUCAUUCAGCUCUACCGUGCUUCCGGUCUGCAUGGACAACAUGAACUCGUUUGUGGAAUACUCUAUUUGUAACCGACCGGGGACCGGCGCUUAUUCCGGUGCGCCAAAAUCUGGAUACCAUCAUCAUCUGCAUCCCCAUCAUCAUCAUUCCCUGGAUCAGCAUCAGGGCUUCUCCGUGACCUCCGGCUCUUUCCAUACUGGACCCACCGGCUCUCUCGCUCCCGUUAACGGGCCGAGAAGUGACAACAGCGUCGGGGGAGCGAGUUACACCGGGGAUGGGCGGCUGUACGGGGGCUCUGGAGGCGGAGGAGCGCACGGGACCGCAGGGGCGAACCAGCAUCCACAGCAACAUCCUCAUCAUCCGGAGCAACAACAGCAUCAGCAGACGCACAACGGCUACCAUCAUCAUCAUCCUCACCUUCACCAAACCCAGAGUUUACAAAGCGGAACACUGUCUGCCUAUAAUGCCGGGAAUAGCGGCAGUAGCGGGGCCUAUGCGGGUCACGCGUGCGCCACAAACUCGGAGUAUGCUAACGCGAUAGGCCCUCCCAACACCGUUCACCCCCAGUAUUUCAUGGAGGAGUCAGCAGCCUCCACCUACUAUCAUCAAUCAACCUUCCCCAGCUCGGCCCCCACAGUCGGCCCCAGCUACGGGGCCCUGGCCGGGGCCUACUGCGGGCCUCAGGGCGCUCUGGCCGGGUCACAGUACCCGCAGCAGCUGGGCGGGGGUCUGGACGCGGCGGGCUACCUGGGGCUUCCACACGGGGGAGGUUACGGAGAGCUACCCGUCUCCCAGGACCGUGAGAGGGGGGAUGAGGAGGGCCAGCAGGCCGGGCAGGGGCAGACCUUCGACUGGAUGAAGGUGAAGAGGAACCCGCCUAAAACAGUCAAAGUGUCGGACUUCGGCCUCGCGGGCGCACACAACAACGCCAUGCGCACCAACUUCAGCACGCGGCAGCUCACGGAGCUGGAGAAGGAGUUCCACUUCAGCAAGUACCUGACGAGGGCGCGGCGCGUGGAGAUCGCCGCCACGCUCGAGCUCAACGAGACGCAGGUGAAGAUCUGGUUCCAGAACAGACGCAUGAAGCAGAAGAAGCGCGAGCGGGAGGGCGCCUCGGCCACGGCGCGCUCCGGUACCAACAGCGGCUUCAACAAGGACCUGGAGGACACCGAUCACUCCUCCGCGUCCACGUCUCCAGGCGCGUCUCCGAGCUCGGAGACGUAGUGAGCGCGAGCGACGUGACUGGUU